ACAUCACAAAAUCUUAAGCCCUUUUCACAAAUGAAACGAAACAUCAACAGCCAUUUCCAGUGAAAAUCAAAAUCUCGAAAAACUUCAUUUGAAACCACAAAGGCAGAAGCGGCAUGUACCAAGAUAACAACAGUAAUCCGUUCUUGAGUCAGUCAUCCACGCGGGUUUUGACAACUCAAACUCAGUGGACUCGUCUCGAUGAUAAGCUUUUUGAGCAGGCCUUAGUCAUGUUUCCGGAGGAAAGUUUUGAUCGGUGGCAAAAGAUAGCUGAGAGGGUUCCUGGAAAGUCAUCCAGCGAAGUGAAAGAGCAUUAUGACAUGCUUUUGUAUGACGUUUACGAAAUUGACUCGGGCCGAGUUGAGAUUCCGAGUUAUGCUGAUGAUUCGACUGUGUUGUCGGCCGGUUGGGAUUCAGAUAAUCAAAUCUCUUUCACUUCGAAAUCAAAACAGCAUGUUGAGAAUGAAAGGAAGAAGGGAACGCCGUGGACAGAAGAAGAGCAUAAGUUAUUUUUAAUUGGGUUGCAUAAAUUUGGCAAGGGUGAUUGGCGGAGUAUAUCAAGAAAUGUGGUGGUGACUCGAACACCUACUCAGGUGGCUAGCCAUGCUCAGAAGUACUUUCUUCGACAGAGUUCUGUGAAGAAAGAAAGGAAAAGAUCGAGCAUCCAUGACAUUACCACAGUUGAUAGCAGCACGAUGGAUGCGCCUGUUGACCAAAAUUGGGUUUCUGUGCCAGGUGGUUCUGUUCAACAGCUGCCUGCACUGCAACAGUCGCACCCUGUAAGCCAUUCUGUCCAAGGAGGGUCCUUGGGGUAUCAAAACUAUGGUUUUCCAAUCUAAAGAUAGAUAAGAGCUCCAAACUCUGUAUAAAAACCAAGUCCCUGUA